CAGUAGUGAGGUUGAAUUGAAAUGAAUGGACAGUUGCAGAGGUCUUCUGUUCUCUAGCUCAUAAACAUCAGAGGCUCCACCCAGGCUCCACCUGAGCUGCACCUGCAGACAAUCAGCUCAGUAAGCAGUGAUUGGUCAAAGGUUCCAAUAAAUACCAAACAAGGACGUUCCUAAUUCAUUCAGCUGCUCUUCUGUUGACCAGGCUGCAGAACCAUGGGAAAGGCUUGUGGACUUGGUUUGGGGCUCUUGCUAAUUGUCUUGGUUCAGGCAGAGCAUGUGUGGUGUUCAUUGCCAAAUGAAGCCCAGCGCUUCCAACAUGGCAACACAUAUGCUGGCCUCCAGCGACUGGAUGAGGAACCAAGAAAGUUCAGUAAUCCCCAGAACAAAGUCAGACGAAUCCUUGUUUCCCCAAAUUUGCUCAAAAACCACGUCUCCAAUGUUGGGCCUUCAGUUAAACAAGGUUCUAGCAAAGGACUCUCCACUAGCAGCUACCUGGAAGUCCUCUCCCAGCCAGCUCAGGGUUCAGCAAGGCUGGUCAAGAGUCACUUGGUGCCCAGAACCAGUGGGCGACGCCCAGCUUCACUCCGGGCCAAUGCCCAAGCUGAACCUAAGCAUCUUGGAAGGAAGAGGGCUUGGGCUGAUGUGAGGGGUUCGCCACGUUCUUACUCUACAUCUCUGAGUACUUCCAGGGAACGCUACUCCAGUCCCGCUUCUCUGUCUGCAGCUGAGAAACCGACCAAGUUCAGUGAAAUGGGCUCACCAGCUUUCCUAUUUGGCCCAGUUGCUCCUGGAUCUCGUGGGUCUGUGAAGAUGCAAACAUAUGCUCGUGGUCCUGCGAAAAGGGUCUACUCCAACAGUGCAUCUCCAGGACGAAGGGCUGGGAGUUCAUUUCUAAGGAAUGUUGCACCAAAUCAAGGUUCCGAGGCAAGGAGUUGGCUGCACGCCUCUGCACCCGGUCGCACCUCCCUGGGCCUUGCUGUCCCCAGGAGCGUUAGGAUGGGUGUUCCUCAGGAUUCUGCUACGGUCUACGAGAUCCCCAGCCAGUAUGGUGGCUUUGCUAUCAGACGAGUGAAGGAGCCUGACAACCAGAAGCAAGCAGAAGGCCAGAUGCUGCAGCAGAUCUCUAAACCUGCUCCUCAGUUGAUGGUGGCUUAUCCCAACUUCCCAAAUGGUCAUCUGGAGACCAAGUGGAGCAGGCUCACACAGCACAAACUGUAACUUGGUUCUAAAAUUGCCGGCUUGGUUUUUUUACUUGUUUUUAUAGAAAUGUGAUUAAAAAUAAAGAAUAUUUUUAUAACUUUA